UUCAAGAACGCUCUCUAGAGACCCACUUUGUUUUCUAUGUAAUUACUAGAGCUUUCAGAACAGCCUUGCUUUUCUCACUGAUAUGGUCUCUGAAUGGAUACCUGUUUGAUCUUCCUGCACUGCUGGGGAAAUAUCCCUUUUGGGGGAGAGGGUUAGGUCCAGACCCAGACCAAGUGUUAAGACCUGGUGAAAGACAAGUAAAAUGUUCUGCAGUAAAAAGAAAUCACUUGUUCAUGUAUGCGGGAAGAAGAAUGGAAGUGGAACGGAUAGUGAAAGCCAAUGAUCGUGAAUAUAACGAAAAGUUCCAGUACGCAGAUAAUCGUAUCCAUACAUCCAAGUACAAUGUUCUCACUUUCCUGCCUAUUAAUUUAUUUGAACAGUUCCAAAGAGUGGCAAAUGCCUAUUUCCUUUUCCUUCUGAUUUUACAGCUAAUUCCAGAAAUCUCCUCCUUGACCUGGUUUACCACCAUUGUGCCUUUGGUCUUGGUGAUAACUAUGACAGCGGUCAAAGAUGCCACAGAUGACUACUUUCGCCAUAAGAGUGAUAAUCAAGUGAAUAACCGUCAGUCUGAAGUGCUCAUUGAUAGCAAAUUGCAAAAUGAAAAAUGGAUGAAUGUCAAAGUUGGAGAUAUCAUUAAAUUAGAAAAUAACCAAUUUAUUGCUGCUGAUUUGCUUCUCCUAUCAAGUAGUGAGCCACAUGGUCUCUGUUAUAUUGAAACUGCUGAGCUUGAUGGGGAAACAAACCUAAAAGUCCGUCAUGCGCUAUCAGUCACCUCAGAACUUGGAGCAGAUAUUAACAGACUUGCACAGUUUGAUGGGAUUGUUGUCUGUGAGGCGCCAAACAACAAGUUAGAUAAAUUCAUGGGAGUCCUCUCUUGGAAGGACAGCAAGCACUCCCUCAACAACGAGAAGAUAAUCCUGAGAGGCUGUGUCCUGAGAAACACCAGCUGGUGUUUUGGAAUGGUUAUUUUUGCAGGUCCUGACACUAAACUAAUGCAGAAUAGCGGUAAAACAAAAUUUAAAAGGACAAGCAUUGAUAGAUUGAUGAAUACUCUAGUACUGUGGAUUUUUGGGUUUCUGGUAUGCUUGGGAACUAUUCUUGCAAUAGGAAAUUCAAUCUGGGAGAAUCAAGUUGGGGAUCAAUUCAGAAAUUUCCUCUUUUGGAGAGAAGAAGCAAAGAACUCUGUGUUGUCAGGAUUCUUAACAUUCUGGUCAUACAUUAUUAUUCUCAAUACAGUUGUGCCCAUAUCAUUAUAUGUGAGUGUGGAAGUAAUUCGCCUGGGACACAGUUAUUUUAUAAACUGGGAUCGGAGGAUGUAUUACUCUAGGAAAGCAACACCUGCUGAAGCUCGGACAACCACACUCAAUGAAGAACUGGGCCAGAUUGAAUAUGUUUUCUCUGACAAAACUGGCACUCUCACUCAAAACAUCAUGACUUUUAAAAAAUGUUCCAUUAGUGGAAGAAUCUAUGAUGAGGUACAUGAUGACCUGAGUCAGAAGACAGAAAUAAGUAAGAAAAAAGAGCCUGUGGAUUUCUCAGUUACAUCCCAAGAAGAUAGAACAGUUCAGUUCCCUGAUCACACUCUGAUGGAGUCUAUUAAACUGGGUGAUCCCAAAGUGCAUGAAUUCCUCAGGUUACUUGCCCUCUGCCACACUGUGAUGUCAGAGGAGGACAGUGCAGGGCAGCUGAUUUACCAAGUCCAAUCACCUGAUGAAGGGGCACUAGUGACUGCUGCUAGAAAUUUGGGGUUCAUUUUUAAGUCUCGAACCCCAGAGACCAUAACAAUAGAAGAAUUGGGGACGCUAGUAACUUAUGAAUUGCUUGCCUUUUUGGAUUUUAACAAUAUCAGAAAAAGGAUGUCUGUCAUAGUUCGAAACCCCGAAGGACAGAUAAAGCUUUAUUCGAAAGGAGCAGAUACUGUUCUGUUUGAAAAACUUCAUCCUUCCAAUGAAGACCUUCUGUCUUUGACUUCCGACCAUCUCAGUGAAUUUGCAGGAGAAGGACUUCGAACUUUGGCCAUCGCAUACAGAGAUCUAGAUGACAAGUAUUUCAAAAAGUGGCAUAACAUGCUUGAAGAUGCAAAUACUGCCACAGAUGGGAGGGAUGAACGGAUAACUGGGCUUUAUGAAGAAAUUGAAAGAGAUUUGAUGCUGCUAGGUGCCACUGCUAUAGAAGAUAAAUUACAAGAAGGUGUUAUUGAAACAGUUACAAGUUUAUCUCUAGCCAAUAUUAAGAUCUGGGUCCUAACAGGAGACAAACAAGAAACUGCCAUCAACAUUGGUUAUGCUUGCAACAUGCUGACGGAUGACAUGAAUGAUGUGUUUGUGAUAUCAGGGAACACUGCAGUGGAAGUGAGAGAAGAACUCAGGAAAGCAAAGGAAAAUUUGUUUGGACAAAAUAGAAGUUUGUCCAAUGGCCACGUAGUUUGUGAAAAGAAACAGCAGCUGGAGCUGGACUCUGUUGUAGAAGAAACUGUAACAGGAGAUUAUGCCUUAAUCAUAAAUGGCCACAGUUUGGCCUAUGCCCUAGAAGGUGAUGUCAAGAAUGAUCUUCUAGAACUUGCCUGCAUGUGUAAGACUGUGGUAUGCUGCAGAGUCACCCCACUCCAGAAAGCCCAAGUGGUAGAGCUGGUAAAGAAGCACAGAAAUGCUGUCACUUUGGCCAUUGGUGAUGGAGCCAAUGAUGUCAGCAUGAUCAAAAGUGCACACAUUGGUGUUGGCAUCAGUGGCCAGGAAGGACUACAAGCAGUCUUAGCCAGUGACUAUUCUUUUGCACAGUUUAGAUAUCUCCAAAGGCUUCUCCUUGUUCAUGGAAGAUGGUCCUAUUUCCGAAUGUGUAAAUUCUUAUGCUAUUUCUUCUACAAGAAUUUUGCAUUUACACUUGUGCAUUUCUGGUUUGGUUUCUUCUGUGGUUUCUCUGCCCAGACUAUUUAUGACCAGUGGUUCAUUACUCUUUUUAACAUUGUCUACACGUCACUACCUGUUUUAGCCAUGGGGAUUUUUGACCAGGAUGUGAGUGAGCAGAGCAGCAUGGACUGUCCUCAGCUCUAUGAACCUGGACAGCUGAAUCUACUUUUUAACAAGCGUAAAUUUUUCAUCUGUAUGGCACAUGGAAUCUACACCUCGUUAGUCCUGUUCUUCAUUCCCUAUGGGGCCUUUUACAACGUGGCUGGAGAAGAUGGGCAGCACAUCGCAGACUAUCAGUCCUUUGCAGUUACCAUGGCCACGUCUUUGGUCAUUGUGGUCAGUGUGCAGAUAGCUUUGGAUACCAGUUACUGGACUGUCAUUAAUCAUGUGUUCAUCUGGGGCAGCAUUGCCACAUAUUUCUCCAUCUUAUUUACAAUGCACAGUAAUGGCAUCUUUGGCAUUUUCCCAAAGCAGUUCUCAUUUGUUGGAAACGCACGACAUUCCUUGACCCAGAAAUGCAUUUGGCUGGUUAUUCUCUUAACAACAGUGGCUUCAGUUAUGCCAGUGGUGGCAUUCAGGUUUCUGAAGGUUGAUUUAUAUCCAACCCUGAGUGAUCAGAUCCGCAGGUGGCAGAAGGCGCAAAAGAAGGCAAGGCCCCUAAGUAGCCGAAGGCCUCAGACCCGCAGGUCAAGCUCAAGAAGAUCUGGAUAUGCUUUUGCUCACCAAGAAGGCUAUGGAGAGCUUAUCACAUCUGGAAAAAAUAUGCGGGCUAAAAAUCCACCCCUGACAUCAGGGUUGGAAAAGACUCUUUAUAAUAGCACUAACUGGAUUGAAAAUUUAUGUAAGAAAACCACAGACACAGUGAGCAGCUUUAGCCAGGAUAAAACAGUGAAACUGUGAGUCAAGAUGAAUUUGAACCACAUAGUUAUCUUUUCACUUUAGCUGGAGUUGAAAUUCAGCUGCUCCAGAGUUUGUGAUCAGGACAAGGCAAGGGCUGAGGCAGGGUGCCUGGCUUAAAUCUGUGGAGAGCAGCUGCCAGUGCCCACCAAACCGGGGUGAGCACUACAGGAAACCAGACCACAUGGUUCACCGUUCUAAUUCAUGACUUGGUGGACAAAACUUCACAGAAGCAGCAUAAAUCGUUAUCCACCUCAAUAUCAUUUGACCUGGACUAAGGGUCUUAUUUAUGGAGAAUAUGUAAAUCUGCAUAUGUAGUCACUAGACCCUCAGGUGGAUAAAAGGGUGCAUUCCAAAGGUAUAUCUGAGCUGAAACGUAUAUCCGUUGACAAAUAAACAUGUAUAUGUAAGAGCAGCCUUUCCUGAGGUACACUCUCAAGAUUUAGUAUGUCCUCUGGUGCCUUCAGUCUAAGACCUGUGUGUUACUCUCUACUCCUGACAUCUACCUGUCUGUUCAGCCAGGACAACAAAUUGCUUUUUAUGCCUGAAGAAUAGAAAAGUGUGUGGUAUUUCUCUCUCUCUCUCUCACUCUCUCUCUCUCUUUUUUUUUUUUCCUCCCAUCAAUCUAGGGGCAAAGCAUCUUCACAAAAGGGCAAGCUAAUAAUUGGGUCUAAUUUAUUCAAAAAAGCUUUCAGACUGUGUCAUAUACAGACAUUCACAAAACGUCAAAAUGAGUCACUCUAAGUAUUCUAUAUUUUCCAGUGACUUUUAUAACAACCUCCAUAGUUGUUUAUUUGCACAUCACUUAGAACCAUGAAUGGAAUGGGCAAAACAUUGGAAUUUUGCACUUUAAUGAUGGGCAAAAAUGUUUAACAUUUCCAAUUAUAAAAGUUCUGAAAACAAAGUAAUAAGCAAUCUCUUCAAAUGAUUAUUUCAACACUUAGCUAUAGGUUAUUUAGAGCUAGUUGCUUUUAAUACUCAGCUCUCAUCUUUAUAAAUCAAACAUAGAAACCUAGGUAGAUGAGGUUGAUUUUUUAUUUUUAUUUUUUUAAGGUGUUCCAGCUCAGGUUUUCAAUCUACCUGUGAAUCACCAGUGUAUUUUCUGUGAAAGUGUUUAGGCAGAUUUGUCUUCAAACCCCAGCUCUGUCAGUUCUUAUCUCUAAAACCUUGGGCAGGUAUUUUCUCCGAGACUCAGCUUCUUCCUCUGUAAUAUGAGGAUACACUACCUCGUGUGGUUGUUCAGUGACUGUUAAAGCACAGAUUCUGAAAUCAUGGAAAACAGGAUUCUCAUAUGAAUAGAUGAGUUAAAUUCCUGUGAACUCACAUCAGAAUAAUAGGAUGAUUGUAAGAGAAUACAAAUAACUGGAAUUUAAAUAAUCAGUGGUGAAGAGUUGGAUGAAAUGAGAUGCUAAGUAAGAUGUAAAACCGGUUAGUGUCCCCCAGGGGAAUAAAACUAUAACUUUGGAAGUAAUUUCUCUACCAGAAAGCAAAAAUAAAUAAUCAUGCCUUAUCAGUUUUCUACAACUCCAACUUUAUAGGUUCUUUAAUGUGAUCCCUAUUGAAUUAUUAGUCAAAACAAAGUUACAUUUCCCACACAGUCCAGUGACUCUUCAGAAGGUUUGAUGGAUAACGGACUAGCAUGAUAUUAAUCAGUCACAAUUUUAUUUUGCUUAAUUUUCAAGUCUGGAAUAAUUUUUCCUGAAUGAGAAACUUUACGUAUAAAAGAGCCUUAUACAGUACUUUAACCAUAGUGAAUGCCUGUAGCUGUUCCCUUUUCCCCUCCAUGUCUUGCCUAGACUUACCCAUUUGUUAGCUUUCAAUAUUAAAUUUGCUAUUAGUUUCACUAUAUUUGUUCACUUUUUGUAACGUUUUUGAAAGACUAGAAAAUGUUCAGUAAAUGUUUUGGCACUAUUGGUAUUGUUUGUCCCUUCUUUAUUAGGAAUUCACUGGGAGAAUUUUGUUACAUUGGUCCUCUGAUUCUUUUGUUUUUUCCCUUUCUCUCUUUUCUAUGCCGGAGAAAAUUUACAUCAUCCUCAGGACCGGAGUCAAAAAGAAAAGUAGCCAGUUGGACUAAGGGAUAGGAAAGAUAAGAAAUGUCCCAGUUUUGAAAAUUCAGCUCAAAUUAAACAUGGCUGUUUAUAAACAGAUAGUAUGGAUGACUGUGAGAGAAACACAUUAUCAGCUUACUGCGGUCUCAUGAGAUCCAAAUGAGCUCACACAGCCUUUACAAGAUCCUUCAAUUGUAAGCACCAGGGAUUAUUUUGAACCUUAAGAUGAAAAGUCUGAGGGGUGAGUGGUAUAUUGGAGAGUAUAAAAAUUAAAUUUUACAUAAAUGCUAUCAAAUUACUUGGGAAGAACAUUUUUUUCUACCUUCAAGACUUAAGUUGGUUAACUUUAUAUUUUUAAAGUUUCAGCCCAAGUUAUAUUACAGGCAAUCCUCAAAUUGUGUUCCCCUGAUUUAGGUCUGCUAUCUGUUGUUCUUGUCUUCAUUGAGGGUAUAUACCUAUGAA